AUGACGAGCGUUCAACUUCGCAGUCUUCCAUCCGCUCCCUCCACUCCACCUGAUGGACCAGCGGCUCAAAAUGCUGUUGCCCUUUUCAUCUUCACUAUUCCCAUGGGCACAUUGAGUCAGGACUUGUUUGUCAAUCCCAUCUACCGAUCGGUUCGCAAUACCAUUGCCAAACGGUGUCAUUGCGAGAUGGCAGUAUUUGAUGGCAAUACUAUGCUUCAACGUGCUCACUCUGGUCCCAAGUCAGUUCGAAGUAGGAUCCGCAAUGCCAAUGGCAAUGCGUCAAUGGGUUGCGACGUCAGUCAGACAUGCGUCAGUCUUCUAAUCAACAUCACCAAUACACAUGAACAGGUACUAUUUGCUCGUGGAAAUUGGCUGAUUCAGGUGAACUACCUGACAGAGCCCAGCGAACAUCAUUUAUUUCUCAAAUUAGUCAAUGAUUUUGCAACCCGGUUGAAUAGUUCAGGGAGAUUUAAAAGGGGAGCUGGAUCCCCACUAAUCAGCCAGGGGUUUAAAUGCACAACUCUGGUUGCCAUAACACACGAAAAACUGCGACAAAUCUGGCAAAGCAACCAUCUACUUUCACUGGAACAGCAGCAACCAAAACAACAACAAGAAGGUGUUCUAGGCGAAAAGAAGCCCCAGAACCAGCCUUCGGCGUAUCAGAAACACCAAAAGCCAUUUCUGGCACUCAAAAAUCCUAAUCUUCCUCGUGAAUGGGGUGAAUUUCCAACUCUCGAACCAUUCGAAAGCAUUGAAGACCUUCAAAUAAACCCAACAAACCAGAAGAUGGUCGAAGAGAACAAGAGGACGCCUACAGUUAUUCUGUUCCAAGAUAAAAUCGAAGGAACCAUCGACAUGUUUGGCAAACCAUGGCAAGAAAAAGCCCUCAACCAGGAGAGUGACAACGGCAGAAUUCGGCUUGCGGAGAUAGCAUCUCUUCUUCGUCCAGCUGAUCACAAUGCCAAUCAUCACAUCCCAGAGGAAAUGACACUCAACUGUAUUGAAUGUGCACACCACCUCAAUGCUCUGGAGGCCGAAGACAUGGAAGAGGAGAAAGAGGAGGAUGAAAUUGAAGCCCUGUUUAAAGAGGAGUUCAAAAGCAAGCAUACAUGUACUCUGGAACAGGAGGUUGAAGAUUCAGAUAGCCUUGUGGAUAUGGAGUGCAAUUAA